AGGAGGAGGAGGAUAAACAGAGGAAGAGAAGAUGGAGGACUUGUCUCGGUGGUUGAGGGAAGCCGGGUGCUGGGUGAGGAGGUGCUGCUGUGGUGAAGAUGAGGACGAUGAGGAGGAGAAAGGGAGGAGGGAGUAUGAAGAGGAGGAGGAGGAGGUGAAGAUGGAGGAGCUGAACUUAAGAAAAAGCAGGAGUUCGACAUCUCUCCCUCCAACCGAGCCGGACCCAGAUCCAGACCAGACUGGAUCUCAGCCUCAUUGGUUCCACACUCUGCAGGUGAAGAGGUUCAGGGUUCAGAGAGGACGGAGUAACAGCGACCCACUGGGAGGGACCAACAGCCCGGAGGACUUCAGCUGGAGAGCAGGGUUCCAGUUUGGGACAGCCAACUCCUACCUGAGUCUGGAGAAGCUUGGGGAGGGAGCGUAUGCCUCCGUCUACAAAGGCAUCAGCAGGAUCAACGGUCAGCUGGUGGCUCUGAAGGUGAUCCGUACGAAGACAGAGGAAGGCGUCCCCUUCACUGCCAUCAGAGAAGCUUCUCUGCUCAAAGGUCUGAAACACGCCAACGUUGUCCUCCUUCAUGACAUCAUCCACACCCGGGACUCGCUCACGUUCGUCUUUGAAUACGUGCAGACGGACUUGUCUCAGUACAUGACUCAGCAUCCAGGAGGUCUUCACUCCCACAAUGUCCGGCUCUUCAUGUUCCAGCUGCUUCGAGGUCUCCGUUACAUCCACAGCAGGAGGAUCCUCCACCGGGACCUGAAGCCACAGAACCUGCUCAUCAGCUACCUGGGGGAGCUCAAACUGGCCGACUUCGGUCUGGCCCGGUCCAAGUCCAUCCCCAGUCAGACGUUUUCCUCUGAGGUGGUGACGCUGUGGUAUCGCCCCCCAGACGUCCUGCUGGGCUCCACUGACUACUCCACCGCCCUGGACAUGUGGGGGGCCGGAUGCAUCUUCAUCGAGAUGCUGCAGGGGGCGCCGGCUUUCCCCGGAGUCUCCGAUGUGUUCGAACAGCUGCAGAAGAUCUGGGCGGUUCUGGGAGUACCAACCGAAGAGAGCUGGUCUGGAGUCAGUCAGCUGCCGAACUACGAACCAGAGUUGUUCGUUUGGCGUGAACCCAGGCCAUUUCGAAACGUCUGGAAAAGAUUGGCCCAGCUGCCCCAUAAGACCGAGGACCUGGUCCAGAAGAUGCUGAAACUGAAACCCAGAGACCGGAUCUCGGCUCAGGAUGCCCUUCAGCACCUGUACUUCAGCACACUGCCUACUCCCAUCAUGCACCUGAGAGACACGGUGUCCAUCUUCAAAGUGCCCGGCGUUCGCCUGGAGACUGAGGUCAGGGACAUCUUUACCCAGUCGGAGGGUCAGACCAUCUGCGGUCCUGCCACCAAAUGCUGGUGAAAUGAACCGUCCAAUUGAGGAGGCACGUCAGCCAGAGUCAAGGUUUCUAUUGGGGGUGAAGGUCACAGGUCAAGAAAGAGCAGAUCUCUUCAGUUAUAGAGAAUGUCGAUAGUAAAACCAUUUUCUGUUGUUGAAUUGGUACUGGGAGGGGCUUAACACAACUUAGCGUAGCACAAAGAAAGAAAACAGGGGGAAACUGUCAGCAAAGCUUUCCUGAAGGUGAAAAAUGAUAACCUGUUGACUGUGGCUAAUUCUGAACCUGUGAGUACAGUUUAGCUCAUCCAGUAUUUUCUUAGCUACAGUUAGCCUGUGUAUGCUAAUUCACAACUAGCGUAUUGACUGAACGUUGAUAAUGACUUAAAUACUCAAACAGGAAGUCGAAGUAAACUGGAUUGUGACGGGAAAACAACAGCUUAGCUAGCUAGCUAACAUGAAUUAUUAGAAGCAUUGUUUUAUAUGUUUUCUGUUAAAGUUCAAACGUCAGCUGCUAACGAGCUAACAAUUCCUAUUUUAGAGAGAAGACAUAACAAGAUGAAAACAUCAGAAAAGAUGCAACAAGACUAAAUGGUGCGAAAGACGCAACAAGA